ACCCAGCCAGCCGGAGAGCGAGCGCCGUUCGCCGCCACCUCUGCUGCUCGGCCCGGUCCCGGAGCGGCCCGGCCGGCCCGCGGGGCACAGCGCCGAGGCCCGCGGCCGGCUGCAUGAAGGACUGCGAGUACCAGCAGAUCAGCCCCGGGGCCGCCCCGCCUCUCGCCUCCCCCGGGGCACGCCGCCCCGACCCCGGCCCCAGCUCCGCCGCGCCCCUCGCCUCGGGCCCCGGGCCCGCGCCCUCCGCGCCGCGCUGGAGCGGGAGCGGCAGCGGCAGCGGCAGCGGCAGCGGGAGCCUGGGCCGCCGGCCGCGGCGCAAGUGGGAGGUGUUCCCGGGCCGCAACCGCUUCUACUGCGGCGGCCGCCUCAUGCUGGCCGGUCACGGCGGUGUCUUCGCGCUCACGCUGCUUCUCAUCCUCAGCACCACCAUCCUCUUCUUCGUCUUUGACUGUCCUUACCUGGCCAACAAGCUGACCCUCGCCAUUCCCAUCAUUGCUGCUGUCCUCUUCUUCUUUGUCAUGAGCUGCCUGCUGCAGACGAGUUUCACGGACCCUGGGAUCCUGCCUCGGGCUACACUCUGUGAAGCAGCUGCCCUGGAGAAACAGAUCGACAACACAGGAAGUUCCACAUACCGGCCACCCCCUAGAACAAAGGAGGUAAUGAUCAACGGGCAGAUGGUAAAGUUAAAGUACUGCUUCACCUGCAAGAUGUUUCGGCCACCCCGGACCUCACAUUGCAGCGUCUGUGACAACUGUGUGGAACGCUUUGACCAUCACUGUCCCUGGGUGGGCAACUGUGUGGGGAGGCGGAACUACCGCUUCUUCUACGCGUUCAUCCUCUCCCUCUCCUUCCUUACGGCCUUCAUCUUUGCCUGUGUGGUCACCCACCUGACACUGCGCUCUCAGGGAAGCACCUUCCUCUCUACUCUAAAGGAGACACCAGCAAGUGUGCUGGAGUUGGUGAUAUGCUUCUUCUCCAUCUGGUCCAUCCUGGGCCUCUCAGGGUUUCACACUUACCUCGUCGCUUCCAACCUGACAACUAAUGAAGAUAUCAAAGGCUCAUGGUCCAGCAAGAGGGGAGGUGAAGCCUCUGUCAACCCCUACAGCCAUAAAAGUAUUAUCACCAACUGCUGUGCUGUGCUCUGUGGCCCUUUACCUCCCAGUCUCAUUGAUCGGAGAGGAUUUGUGCAGUCUGACACCGUGUUGCCCUCGCCCAUCAGAAGCGAUGAACCAGCCUGUGAAGCCAAGCCAGAUGCCAGCCUGGUAGGAGGCCACCCCUGAGUGCGGCCCAGUGCUUGCCACCUGCUGGCCUGUCUGCCCCUCUGAACUCACCUGCCGUCCUCCACGCCUGCUGGGACCCUCCCCAGUCCAUCCCAGGGAGGCAAGGCUGCCAAAGACUGAAAUCUUCGUAUUUAUUUCCCUCCCUGCGUGGCUUUCCCUGAAUGGUUCCAUGGCUGUACCCUCUGUGCCCCACACCCAGGUUCCCACAGCCUUGGGUCCUAGGUCCCUCUGGGCACUCAUCAGAGGCAGAAGGGACAGGACAGCCAGAGCCUCUGGAGGCCACCAAGGGGACAUGCCAAGUGUCUGCCUGUGCCAGGGUGAGCCCUGUGUGCGUGAGGGUACGACCUGAGUGCCAGGCCUCCUGCUGGGGCAACAUCUGGGUCUUGCUGACCCAGAGGUGUCAGUGAGAUAGAACUGCUCAGCUGGCUGUGGACCACAGGCCCAGGAGAGAAGUCUCGAGGCUGCUUUGGCUUGCGAGUAUCUGCUUUCUCUCUGUAAUGAUCAUUGUUCUUUCUUCUGUUGGGUUUUUUUGAUGGGUUUGAGGGUUUUGUAUGAAGUUGGCCAGCAGGACAGACAGAGCUAGGUUAGGGGGCACAGCUUGGGUCUGAGGAAGGCAAAGCAGCCAGCCAGGCAUCCAGAACCUCCGCUCCCAGGGUCCCAAGCAGCACAGUGGGAAGGGGCCUCACCCACCUCUGCCCAUGGAGGCUCCACAAAGGAUCCUGGCCUGUUCCUUCUCUCUGAGCAUGGGCAAGUUAUGCUCCUGCUGGCAAUACUUGAAACGGGUUUAUUAAUGCUGGGUAUUUUGCACAAUUUUAUAGACCUCUUUUUUACAUAACCUUUUUUAAAAAGGAACAAGAAGUCUCAAGAAAUAUAAAUAUCAAAAAGAAAAAAAAAAGGAACAAGAAGUUAGCCAUGUCGCUGUGUGUGUAAUGCCAGGCGGGGGUUAUCCGAAGGCUAGUUGGAUAUACUAAGUUUAUUACAAGACACUUUCUGGCUGUGAGUGUUCGGUGUGUGUUUGUUCACGUGUGUCCCUGUAUGAACGUGGCUGGCUCCCACUUCCCCUGGGCUGCCCCCUUCCACCAUCACUGUUGGGGUCAGGAAUAGCCUGAGCCAUGGAGACAGGGAACAUGUACAUUAGUCAUAAGACACCCUGGGGCUCCCAUUAGGGCUCAGUCCCCCAUCCUCUUAUCUUUCCUUCCUCCAUGGACCUCAGAUAGCCAGUAGCCGGGGACUCUGUCACCACCUUCUGCCACCCAGCCCCCAGGUUAGGCUUCCAGCAGGGACCUGCCCAGACAGGCAGAGGCGGGGAGUGGUGGGAGGAGUGAUGGCACUGGGGAGCGGCUGCUGUCCUACAAGCCACAACCACCCCCAGCCCCCGACUCUGAGCUCUGAGCGUGACCCAGUGCCGGGGUCUAAAGGACAGUGUUUCUGGCAACUGAGGGGUUUCACCAAAGUCAGAGGAAGGAAGCUGAGGGGCAGCCAGAGGCAAGUGAAGGUCCGCUCGCAGCUGGGAGCUGUUCUAUCUUAUCUAAAUGGAGCCUUCUCCAUCUAACCCCUCUUGGAACUUCAGGUGGGCUGAAAGGGACAUAGGACAACGAUGAGUCUCACCCUUUCUUGCUCCAGAGACCACUGGGUCCCCAGGGAGAAAGAGCUCCACCCCGCCUCAGAGCCCUGAGCCAUCCUUGGUGCCCUGGGAGCUGGGGAGGAAGCUAGCUAGGGGGCCCCCACCUACCUUUUAUUUAAGCCAGUGCUCUUUGAUCCUGCUUGUAAUAAAACUUUUGUUUUUAAGUGUU